GGCUUAUUGGCUUAUUGGCUAUUGCCGCUGUAACAACGAAAGCAAGAGUUGAAUUUGGAGUUACGGAUGCAACAUGGGGAGGGUGUUUCUGGUGGACCUCGAAGGCAAGGCUUACCGAUGCAGAUUCUGCGAGAGCGCUCUUGCUCUUGCCGGCAACAUUAUCUCUAGGAAUUUCAAUUGCAAUCGAGGGAGGGCAUACCUUUUCAGCAAUGUGGUAAAUAUAACACUUGGACAUCAGGAAGAGAGGCUGAUGACUUCUGGUUUUCAUACUGUAGAAGAUAUUUUCUGCUGCUGCUGUGGACAAUAUGUUGGUUGGAAAUAUGUGGCAGCACAUGACAAUAACCAAAAAUACAAGGAAGGGAAGUUUGUUCUUGAAAGAUGGAGGAUAGUUGAGGAGGUCACAGAGGAAUUCAAUUUGGAUGCUCUCCCUAGUUCGAGUGAUGCAGAAAAUCCAUAGAAAGUUGCUGUUUUUGAUUCAAAAUGAAAUACUAGAUACUAGAUUCUAGAAAAUAUAGUUUAUAUAUCAUUACUGGAGUCUCACAGCCAAGAAUCGGGUGACGCAGGUGGAUGGCAUUUUGACCACCAAUGUUGUUAUUAUCAUUCCCAUAUAUUUUGGAAACUUCUUUGAGAAGUUACUUAGAAUGAAUCAAACUAAAUAGUUUUGAUGUCA